AAAUUUUAUUCGACACAUUCUCAACCAGAAUUAUGAUUAUUACCCAUUCUUUCAAGCCCUAAAACCAUAAAACUUACCCUGUCACCGCCGCCCCCGCCACCGCCGCCCUGCCACUCCAGUCGCCUGCCACCAACCUCCAGCCGCCUCCCAAAUUUAGUCAGAAAGAGAAGCAUGUAUGAUGUAGCAACGCUACGGUGCUCUCCAGAAUGUUGAAGAAAGCUUUAUUAAAUUUGUUUAUCUUUUGUUUGUAAGAACGCUUAAGUUUUUUGUAAGAACGCUUCUAUUAAAUUAAUGGUAUGAUGGCAACCAAGACUAUUGCUGAAGAUCCAAAGAAACGGGCUAGGGAGGCAUUGGAACGCAGAUUUGCUCUUGCCAAAGCUGAAUUGAAAAAAUGUCGUGUGGAUUCUCCUCUUUCGAAAUCUGUACCUGCUUCUUCUUCAGCUCUUGUAGGAUCUUCCAUCGAGGCAUCACCUGCCAUUUUCCCGAAGUAUCCUGUGAAAAAAGAUUUGGAAGCAGACGGUCUUACUUACUCGUGUCUCGGUCAACCUGUACAUCUAAAUCUGCUGACAUCUGUAGAGAUAUGUGAUAAAGACAAGCCUUCAAUUGAUAAAAUUUUACACGAGCUUCUUCAAAAGGGUGAUUCAGCUCAGAAGUACAUUCAGGGCUCUAGGAGCAUUAAGUGGGACAAUUGGAUCCUGCUUGAUAAUUUUGUGCGGGGGAAUAGUACGUUUGUCAAUGCCUUUAAAGCAAAUUCCAAACGCUCUAAGAAACAGAUGUCCAUGGUGCAGCUGAAAAAGCGUGGAUUGUUAGAUCUGCCCCAGGAACUACACAAAUUCGUACUCUUUAUGCCGAUGCAUGAGAUGUGGAAAACAUAUGUUACUCAGCUUUUGAAGAAUGCUGGGAAAAAUAAUGUGGCACAGUCUCUUUUAGUUGCAGAUCUUCAUGGUGCUAUCUUUCGAGUUGUUGAGUGCAAAUUUAGUUCCUUUAUCGGUGUGGUUGGCAUUAUGAUUCGCGAAACAGCCGAGACAUUUGGAAUAAUUACACGAGAAAAUGAUUUUCGAGUUGUUCCUAAAAGGAAUUCCAUCUUCGUUUUCCAAGCUGAUAACUUGAGAAUUACACUACAUGGUGAUAAAUACACUUCCAGGAAGCUCGAUACAUCAUAAUCUUCUGUUGUUCAUGAGGUAAGUGUACUGAAGCAUAUUGCAGCACAUUGACGGACUGAAUGUGUUUAUUUUGGGUACUGCUCUUAUACGGAAAAAGCUUAAAGGAAUGAUUAAAUUCGAGGUACUGGGUACUGAUGGGAUCACAAUUUGAUUUCUGGAACCGAAUAAGUUCUGAAAAAUCAGAGAAAAGUCCGUAGAGUGCAUCAAAUGCUCUCUUCCUUUGCAUUCUUGAAGCUUUUUAUCCUUGAAAUUACCGAGCUAUUGGGAUUUAUGAGGUUCAAUUCUUACUCCCUCCAAUUUAGAGGAUUCUCCCAUUUGAUUUUUUGAUACCAUUCACCGAUCAUUUUAAUUCGUAUUUUAUUUUUAAUCUAAAUGUCAAAAUAUAGUUAAGUGGGAUCUUGUUUGAUGCGUUUCAAUGUAAAUUUAUUAAUAUUAAUUUCUUAAUAAUUUUUAUUUAUGCUCAAAUAUAGAGAUUUAAAAUUAAAUUAGUUCAUUGUAUAGCGUGUAAAAAUCAAAUAGGACAAUUAGUGUGAAUUGGAGGGAGUAUUUAUACUUAUGGUGGGAAAUGGGAGCUCGAUCUGGCGAUUUCUUUGUUAGCUUUUUAUAGCUGUGGAGGACAUAGUAAUGAUUCAGCGGCACAAGUACAAGUAAAAGCGUGUUUUAAAAUAAAAGGUUAUAACGUACAUUUCUUUGUUGAAUUAGUAAUAACGUACAAAGAACAUAUGUUUUGUAUUUGUGUUGAGGCUUGGAAGGAGAACAUGAUCCGAGAGAGAUCACAAAUUUGCAGCAAAUUGUGUUCAAUGUUAUGUCGUUUUCCCCUUAUAAAAUCUGGAUAGUGUACUUCCAAGAUAUGUUGGUUAUUCUUGCUAUUUUGUUUAGAAUAUGCUACUUAUACACCUUUGUAAGGUGCUAUACGUACAUAUUACAAGAAAGGGGUCAUUAUGAAAAUUUGAGCAAAUUAAGUUCAGUCACUAAGUGAUGGUCCAAGACUUAUUGGGAUAGAAGUGUGCCUAAAAUAGAUCAUAUAAAAGUAAAAUUAAUUAAAAGGGGAAAUGUCGUAGGGUCGACUAACUGUUGACUUGAGGUCUCUUAGAAACUUAAUAUAGAUUAAAGACAUUAUGUAACUUUUUCUUUUGCGAUAUUCCUCCACAAAGGCACUUGAAUUUGAUGUUGGAAAUUCACAAAAAGACAUAACCAAUCGCAAGUGGUUACAUUUACACUUAAUGAAUGUGUUAAGGAAGAUAAUAAAAUCAAAAUUGUAAAGAGUUUAUAAAGUUUACAAGUUUAAGUACAAGAGAAAUACAAGAAGAAUAUCUUGAUUUCAGAAAAUGAAUUACAUUCUCGGUUUUUUCAUGCAUUCCUCUAUUUAUAGAAGUGGAUUUAUAAGUUAUACAUCCUGUAACUCCUUUUAACAAAUAAUUAAUCAACUAUAUUAUAAAGAAAACUUCCAUUGACAUAACAACACAAGGUUCUAUGAAACAAAGCUUUGUUUCAACGAAAUAAAUGUUGUGAGGUAGAAAGUCGUCGCACCUCGCGACAGUUAUAUAUUGUCGCCCCUCGUGACCAAUUUCUGUCUUAGUUACUUCAAUUUGUGUUUUUGUGUUCUAAAACACUUUGGAUAAUUUAGAGGUAACUUUUUAUAUGUCCCACUAUAAAUUAUAAUUAUAGUACAUAGGAUAUGUCCUAAUUGACUCUAAAUUUCCAAAAAAACUAAUCAAUUACUAUAUCAUAAAGAAAAUUUCCAUUGACAUAACAAC